GAAGGGCUCGUUGUUUCACUUAGACUGAGUGAGGAUAUGGACAACUCCUUUUAGGAGCCCUACACCACUCCAGACAGGGCAGAGCUGGUUGCAGCAGAGGUGCCCCUGAGGGUCACCAGACUGGGGGACCACCGGAAUCACCAGGUGUCUGAGAUGCCGCCCAUGCUACAGAAGAAGCGCUGGGAGUCCAUGGCCAAGGGGCUGGUUCUGGGAGCUCUGUUUACCAGCUUCCUGCUGCUAUUGUACUCCUAUGCUGUGCCCCCACUGCACACUGGCCUGACCUCCACGACCCCCGAUGCCAUAGCACCCUGCUCCCCAGUCUCUGGUGAGUCAGAGGGGGUGAUUCUGGCCAAUGGCUCAUUUAGAGGUUGCCAGCCGCGGCGCAACAUCGUGUUCAUGAAGACACACAAGACGGCCAGCAGCACGCUGCUCAACAUCCUGUUCCGCUUUGGUCAGAAGCACGGGCUCAAAUUCGCCUUCCCCAAUGGUCGCAACGACUUCGAUUACCCGGCCUUCUUCACCCGCAGCCUGGUGCAGGACUACCGGCCCGGGGCCUGCUUCAACAUCAUCUGCAACCACAUGCGCUUCCACUACGAGGAGGUGCGUGGCCUGGUGCCACCCAAUGCCACUUUCAUCACCGUGCUCCGGGACCCUGCCCGCCUUUUCGAGUCCUCCUUCCACUACUUUGGGCCCGUGGUGCCCCUCACGUGGAAGCUCUCAAGCAGCGACAAGCUGGCAGAAUUCUUGCAGGACCCAGAUCGCUACUAUGAUCCCAACGGCUACAACGCCCACUACCUCCGCAAUUUGCUCUUCUUCGAUCUGGGCUAUGACAGUGGCCUAGACCCUGGCAGCCCACAGGUGCAGGAGCACAUACUGGAGGUGGAGCGCCGCUUCCACCUGGUACUCCUCCAGGAGUACUUCGACGAGUCUCUGGUGCUGCUGAAGGAUCUGCUCUGCUGGGAGCUGGAGGACGUGCUGUACUUCAAGCUCAACGCCCGUCGUGAUUCACCAGUGCCUCGGCUCUCUGGGGACCUGUACCGCCGUGCAACAGCCUGGAACAUGCUGGAUGCCCGCCUCUACCGCCACUUCAAUGCCAGCUUCUGGCGCAAAGUGGAGGCCUUUGGGCGGGAGCGUAUGGCCCAAGAGGUGGCUGCCCUGCGCCGUGCCAAUGAGCGCAUGCGGCGUAUCUGUAUUGAUGGUGGUCGGGCAGUGGAUGCGGCUGCCAUCCAGGACUCAGCCAUGCAGCCCUGGCAGCCGCUGGGUUCCAAGUCCAUCCUUGGUUACAACCUCAAGAAGAGCAUUGGGCAGCGACACCAACAGCUCUGCCGUCGGAUGCUCACGCCCGAGAUCCAGUACCUGAUGGAUCUCGGCGUUAACCUCUGGGUCACCAAGCUCUGGAAGUUCAUUAGGGACUUUCUGCGGUGGUGA